UUCAUGACUUCAUUCAUGAAAGAUGGAAGGAAGCAAGUACUCUUGGGACCUGAUCUUGGUGUCCAUGAGCUUUUGUUUCACCAUAGCCUACCAUGCCUUCCUUUGGCAUAGCUUCAAAAACAAACACCCUCUUACCACUUCCAUUGGAGCUAAUACCAUGAUGAGAAGGAAAUGGUUUCAAAUGGUGAUGAAGGAUAAUGAGAAGAAUACCAUGUUGGUUCUCCAAAGCCUAAGAAAUUCCAUUAUGAGGGCCAUACUGAUUUCUUCAUUGGCUAUCCUCUUGAACUCCUCCUUGGCAGCUCAGACCAACAAUGCAUACAAAUCAAGACUACUACUACGUGGCCCAGUCUACGGUUCCUGGUCUGGGCCUACCUUGGCCCUCAAGUGGGCCGUGGCAUCGAUCUUCCUACUAUUCAGCUUCCUAUGCAACUCCAUGGCUGUUGGAUACUUCUCGGAUGCAGGUUUCCUCGUCUAUGUGGCUGGAGAACUGCCAUCUAAGUGUGUGCAAUCCGUGAUUGAGCGAGGGUCCAUGUUAGCAUCCGUGGGUGCUCGCAUGCUCUACGUUACGGUCCCACUAUUGUUAUGGAUGUUUGGUCCGAUGACGAUGGCAUUGGCGUCGGUUGCAAUGGUCUGGGUGCUCUACGAGCUUGAUUUCGCCAGCAGUGGCCUCAUGGAGGGCUUGUCAGAUUCGAGUACAGUGUGUUGGAGACGUCAUAAUGACAAAAUUCGAAAGUAAACAAAUGCACAUUACAAAUGUAACUUUGGAAGAUGAUGUAUGCUCUAGUAAUUCUCAGCAAGCAUGCCAAUUGCUGGGUGUGUGCAUGAGAU